CUCCUCCUCCUCCUCCUCCACCUCUGGCUGCGGCGGGGCGAGGACACGUCAGGGGACCGAAAUAAAUAAAUAAUGGCACUCGCCCGGUGACUGCGAGGCGAUCCUGCUGCGGCUGGGAGGGAGCGGGAGCUGCCGUGCCCACCGGUGCCAGGGCCAGAUAAUCCGGAGUCUGUUCUACCUCGCUUCCUCUCUAUUGCCUUCAAAUACCACACUUUGAGGAAUAGUGACUGGAUUUACCACGUCCACGUAUAAACCAAAGAAGCCUGUUCAAGUGGGAAUCUGUCAACAGGUUACCCAACUUUCAAAGAGAAGAGCAGAAAUGCCACCAUCUGCAGGUGACCCACCAAACCCACCUCCUGAUGGAGGAUGGGGUUGGGUAGUGGUUGCAGCGUCUUUUAUCUCCAUCGGAUUUUCAUAUGCAUUCCCCAAAGCCAUCACAGUAUUCUUCAAAGAAAUUCAGCAAAUAUUCAGCACUAGCUACAGUGAAAUAGCAUGGAUAUCUUCCAUUAUGCUGGCGGUGAUGUAUGGAGGAGGUCCCAUAAGCAGUAUUUUGGUGAAUAAAUAUGGUAGCCGGCCGGUGGUGAUGAUCGGCGGUUUGCUGUGCUGUGUGGGCUUGGUGGCAGCCUCUUUCAGCACUAGCGUCAUAGAGCUCUACCUCACUGUGGGAUUCAUUGGAGGUUUAGGUCUGGCCUUCAACCUGCAACCCGCCUUAACAAUCAUUGGCAAAUACUUCUAUAAGAAAAGACCCAUCGCGAAUGGGCUCGCCAUGGCAGGAAGUCCUGUUUUCCUAAGUACACUGGCUCCUUUCAAUCAGUUCCUUUUUAAUACUUUCGGCUGGAAAGGAAGCUUCAUGGUCUUGGGAGGCAUAUUGUUGAAUGCCUGUGUGGCUGGGGCUCUCAUGAGACCCGUUGAAUCCAAACCAACUGCGAAGGCUCAAAAUAAGACUUGCGAAACAGAGCCGGAGUCGAGUGUGAAAAACAGCCACAAGAAGCAAACAGUCUGGAAAAAAAUUAAUAACUAUUUAGAUUUCUCCCUUUUCAAGCACAGAGGGUUUUUGAUAUACUUGUCUGGAAAUGUCAUUAUGUUUCUCGGAUUUUUCGCACCCGUUAUAUUCUUGGCCCCGUAUGCCAAAGACAAGGGGAUUGACGAGUACUCGGCAGCCUUCCUGCUGUCUGUUAUGGCUUUUGUCGACAUGUUUGCGAGGCCUGCAGUAGGAUUUAUUGCGAACACCAAACUUGUUCGACCUCGAAUCCAGUAUUUCUUCAGUUUUGCGAUUAUGUUCACGGGGGUGUGCCACCUCUUGUGCCCAUUGGCGGAGGACUACAUAAGCCUGGUGUUUUAUGCUAUAUUUUUUGGCCUUGGAUUUGGGAGUGUUAGCAGUAUUCUCUUUGAAAGCCUCAUGGACCUUGUUGGUGCUCAAAGAUUCUCCAGUGCUGUGGGACUUGUCACAAUUGUGGAGUGCUGUCCAGUUCUCCUUGGCCCUCCUCUUGCUGGUAAAUUGGUGGAUGAAACUGGAGAGUAUAAAUAUAUGUAUAUAGCCUGCGGGGCUAUUGUGUUCCUAGCAAGUGUGUGGUUGCUCAUUGGUAACACUAUAAACUACAGAAUGCUUGCAAAGGAAAAGAAGUUGGAAAAAGCAAAGGAAGAAAUGUAUAACAAGCCGGAUUCCCAAGAAUCUGAACCCUUGAACGCACCUAAACAUUGUGCUAUUGAAGUCAAAAGCAUGAGACCAGAGAAUAAUCCCUCAGAAAGAGAAACUAACAUGUAGCAAGAAUCACAUCUCUGAUUUCAGUGUUUAUGACUUUUUUUAAAAAAAAUAUGUUUUUGUAUUGAUUUUUUUAGACAGAGAGAGGAAGGGAGAGGGAAAGAGAUAGAAACAUUGAUUGGCCAACUCCUACUGAGGAUCGAGCAGGCAACUGGGGCAGAUGCCCUGACCAGGAAUCGAACCAGCGACCUCUUGGUGCAUGGAACGACACUCAACCACUGAGCCACACUGGCCAGACCAGUGUUUAUGACUUUCUUAUGAGAACUUUUUUUCCCCCUCCAAAAUAUUGGAAAGGAUUUUAGUUUAAAUAAAACUUAAUAGUCAAUGAUGGAGAUGAGGUUUCUCUCAAUGUCAAAUUUUAAAUGUUUCCCUUUUUAAAAAAUAUAUUUUGAGAUUAUGCAUAUAAAGAAUCCAUGCAAGGGUUUUAUUUUCAUACAUGACUCUGGUUGUGGUGAUUAAAAUAAUUUCCAAAUCUUCUAGUGACUUUCCAGUCUUGAUUAUAGAGAUCUGAAAUCCAAACCCCUGGUUUAAGUAGUUCUAUAAGAAUACCCUCUCCACAUUUCACUUUUUCAGAUAUUAAAGUGUGAAAUGGAACUAAAGGCAAAUGAAUUUCCACUCACAGUGUCUGGAGAACAGAAGACAAAUAAGUUCAAAAAGAACAUUAUCACCAUACAAUUUUUUUUUCUUUUUACUUAAAAAAUAUCCACAGAGGAAAAAAAGAACUAUGUUAUAUUUGCAUGCUACUGUACAUGUGGAUUUUAAAGAUAAGAACAUGGGUAGAAAUGAGGUGAUCUUAAUUUGAAAACACAACUAACUUUUUUAAACCAUAAGAUUUGAUGAGCCCAUGCACAUGCUUUCUUUGAGGGGGAAUUAGUACCUGGUAGUAGAGAACAGCACCUCAAAUUAAUUUUUAGAAUUUUUACCUAUUAUGUAAACUAAGUUAAAAAGCCUAAAUUAACCCCAAGGAGCAGUCUACAUCCAUUGAUUUUAAAAGAAAAAAAACCCCAACUCAGUUGGUUUUUAGAGAAAGCAGUGGCUUUUCGGGGCAGGGAUGAUACCCAACCCACUGAGCCACACAGGGCAGGGCUAAAAAGGAUUUUUGUGAGUAAUCCAGAAAGCAAUAACCAGGGAUUGUGUUUUAACUAGAAGUCGUCCUAUCUAUUUUCAGACUGAGACAGCAAGCGGCAUCAACCCAAAUCCCGGUGGAGAGGUUUACAGAUAGGCCAAGUUACAAUUUUCCCAACACGGUGGUGAUCAGCAGGUUACCGUUAUGAGUAAUGCAUUUGGGAAAGCUCAGAGUGCGGGGGUGCUUAUAUUGAGCCCUCUAAACUCUCAUUUUCCUCCCUUCCCCAGAAAUGCAAAAGCAAAGACCAAAAAUCCCAAAUAGGCUUUGUAUUCAGCGGCUGAAAAUGCCUCGCAUUAUAGGGAUGUCGGCACUCGAGAAUUCUGCCCCCUAUGGACGGCUUCCUGCUGCCUGUGAACAUCAGUGUUCACUAAACCAGGAGACUGUGUGUGACCUGCUGUAUGCACGUGGGAAGGGCAGGGAUCGUGCACAACAAUAGCAAGAAGCUUGCCAUCCUGCAGCCCAGAGUGAUUUCUCAGUUCCUCGUUUUCAUGGCGAUGUGAAAGCGCCUGGGAACCUGCAGCACUCUUGAAUACAGUGGCACGUGAUAGUUUUCUGUCCAUUCAGAGCUAUAGACACCAUUUUCAGUUAUAAAACGCUUGUAAAUACGAAAUUGUGCUUUACGACUAAAGGUAUAUAUAUUUUCGUCUACAGAUCUGAAGUUUACAUUAAAACCAUGACUAAUAAAAAGUAUCUAAAGCUUGGUUAUGGAAGUGAUGUCACUCUCAGGACGUCAGAAGGAACUUGCUGGGGGUUUUGUGUUGUUUUAUUAAUUGCGGUAGAGGCAGGUGCUAUUCUCAAAAUGUUAGGGCCUAAGAGAUUGUACCUGUAUAUCAAGCUUUGGUGAUAGCUUACCCUGAGGAUUAAUUUGUAAAAUGUAUGCACUGCUUAAGCAUGCGUCUCACAUUUAGGAAGCUAUAUAAAAUUCCAUAUUUCAUUUAACAUUCACUUUUUGCCUAUAAAAGAGGUAUUUGUAUUUUUCAAACUUUAAGUAAAACGAUAUGUGCCAAUGCCAUCAGUAAAUUAAUCAGGGAAAUGUGGCAGUAUAUGGAUGUGGUUUUGUUUGUUGUGUUUUGUGGGGUUUUUUUAUUUUUUAUUUCAUUUUGCCCAGUUUUGAGUCUUGAAUAAGCUACUUUUAUAUUAUGAGUGCUUUUCUAUGUAACUCUGACUCUUCAUAAGCAAUGCAAGUUAGUCACUCUCCAAUCUUCAGCAUUUCCAAAGGUGUCUUGGAUUCUCUGGAGACACACAUGUAAAUGAAUACAGAUACUAGACUCGGGUGAGGAGAAUAAACAGCAGAAUAAUGAUUGUGGGGUUUCAGGUUUAAGGCUAUGGCCCUUUUUCUCACCAGCUGCUGGAGACAUGCUGAUGGGUGCAUUCCCAUAGCUUUCCCCACAAAGGGAGGUUUAUUCCCAUACUGACGCAUUCCUUGUCAAAACCAAUUCGUAUUUAUUUUAUUGCUCCUUGGUCAUCUUCAUUAUGCUUUCGUUUCUGGCACUGAUUAUACCAAAUGGUUAGAAAAAAAGAAAGGGAAGGGACAUUGUGCAUCCGGAGGGCACAAUAUGAGGUACACAGUCAUGUCUGGCAGUAGCGAUGCAGAAAGUUAUAAAUACGCACACAUGCCAAUUCCCAUACAUACAUAUUGAACAUUUAAAUCAGAGUAUACUGGAAAGAGUGAUGUAAAUUCUCAUUCAGGAUGCAGAAUUGUUCCAGGGUAAAACAAGUUUUUCUGCUUGUUCACUCUUUCUGCUCUCUUGAACUUGUAAAAAUAUUUGUUGAUUUAACAGAGUCUUUCAGGCUAGAAAAUGUCAACUUAGAACAUUCAUUAUCAUGUGGUCACACAAUGAUUAUCUUUCCUGAUCCUUUUUAGGCGCUGUCAGUGCAAAUUUAAGAGGCAGGGAGUCAGGCUCUGGUGUACUUCAUUUUGGAAGACUUGAUAUUUUCCCAGUGUAACUUCAUAUGAUGCACAAGUUUCACUUCAUUAGUACAGAGUUCCAACCACCUUAUCUACACACACACACACACACACACACACACACACACACCAUUCCCAGACACUAGGAAAUAACUAACAUCAUUAGGUUUGAUACACUUGAAUGAGCACUUUAGAAAUCUAGGUAUUUUUUACUCAUCCUUCUUUGGCUAUAUGUAGCAAUUGAGGAUAAAAAAAAAAAAGACCGUAAGAUGUAUGAUGUAAGUUGAUGUUAUAAAAUAUAGAAAUAGCUUUAAUCAUUAGUUGAAGCUUAUUUUCCAUCAAAAAAUACAUUUUCC